CGGAAGCAGCAAGUGCCCAUGAUGGACAAGGACUUUGCUCCUUCCCCACACAGGACCCGGAGGUGUAUUCCAACCUUAGGAGCCUCAUCCAACCCCAGCCGCAUCCCAGGACACACGACUCGCUCCCUUGGAAUUGGGGGGCUCACGGCUCUCAGCCCCAUCUUGAAAAAGGAAGCUUGCCUCAACUCCUCCAGGCAGGACCCCACCAAACAGCUCCCUUUGGCAAAAGGCAGAGGGAUUCCUAAACCUCAAUCGAGGCUUGGGCCCCCAAAGCCGCCUCGUUGCCUUGAUGGGCUCCUCUCCUCAUGCCCAGCUCCUACUGCCUCCCAGUCUCUUCAGUGGACAGCAGCCAAUGGUUUGGAGGCACGUAAACUAAGCUCUCUCUCAUUUACUCUUCAGAGGAGCACCAGUGCCCCUCCAGCUGGCCGGCAACUCCUCUCACACUCUAUGGCAGCAAGGAGGGAGUUCCAGAAGGUUCCCUUCCAAAAGGAAGCAUCGGGAAGGAGAGAGGAGUUUCCUUCACCAAGCCAUCUGCCAUCGCCCGGAUUACAAACCUUGCCCCAAAGGAUAGCUGAGAAUUCAGCUGAUAUGCAAAGCACUCUUUGCCAGGAAGACAGAAAUCAUACCUCAGAUGCAGGCAUGCCAGGUUCCCAGAGACGUUUGGCCCCUGCAAGCCCACCAUCAUCUCUUCCCCCUCAGCCACUUCCCCAAACCACAGAAGAUACCACAAAUUCACCCCUGAAGGAAACAGUUCAGGAGGACUUUGCUUCUAAUGACAGAAAUGGCAUCCCAAAAGGCAUCGAUGCACCCCAAGGCUUAGCUGAAUCUGGAAAGAUGUUACUACCCUUCCCUCAGGAGUGUCUUGAGGAGCAUGCUCUGAAUGGCAACUGCUUCGUGGCAGAUUCCACAAUGUCUCCUGCGACAAAUACAGCUGGGUUUGAAUGGCCAGUAGAUACCAAGCCUGAAGCAGCCAUGUCUGAGCUGGUGCCAGAGCCGCGGCCAAAACCAGUUGUCCCAAUGAAACCCGUUGGUAUCAAUUCCAAUCUGCUGGGCUACAUUGGGAUCGACACCAUCAUAGAGCAGAUGCGCAAGAAGACCAUGAAAACUGGAUUUGACUUCAACAUCAUGGUUGUCGGCCAGAGCGGACUGGGCAAAUCCACACUUGUGAACACCCUCUUCAAAUCCCAAGUCAGUCGCAAGUCUUCAGGCUGGAGCCGCGAGGAGAAGAUCCCUAAGACAGUGGAAAUCAAGGCCAUUGGCCAUGUUAUUGAAGAAGGUGGUGUCAAAAUGAAGCUCACAGUUAUUGACACGCCUGGGUUUGGUGACCAGAUCAACAAUGAAAACUGCUGGGAGCCCAUUGAGAAAUAUAUUAAUGAGCAGUAUGAGAAGUUCCUGAAGGAGGAGGUCAAUAUUGCAAGAAAGAAACGGAUCCCAGACACGAGAGUCCACUGUUGCCUCUACUUCAUCUCCCCCACAGGUCACUCCUUAAGACCUUUGGAUAUGGAAUUCAUGAAGCACUUGAGCAAAGUAGUCAACAUCAUCCCAGUUAUCGCCAAGGCAGACACCAUGACUCUGGAGGAGAAGAUUGAGUUCAAACAGAGGGUCCGCAAGGAACUGGAAAUCAAUGGCAUCGAAUUUUACCCCCAGAAAGAGUUUGAUGAGGACCUUGAAGAUAAGACAGAGAAUGACAAAAUCAGGCAGGAAAGUAUGCCAUUUGCCGUGGUGGGCAGUGACAAGGAAUAUCAAGUGAAUGGGAAAAGGGUCCUGGGGAGGAAGACACCCUGGGGAGUCAUCGAAGUGGAAAAUCUCAGUCACUGUGAAUUUGCUCUACUUCGAGACUUUCUCAUUAGGACCCACCUUCAAGAUCUAAAAGAAGUAACGCACAACAUCCACUAUGAGACUUACAGGGCUAAACGACUGAAUGACAAUGGGGGGCUCCCCGCAGUGACCGUAGAAACAGAAGAAAACCAUGAAAGCAACCUGUGAAGGACCCAUCAAGUUAUCUGCCAUCUCCGAAUUAUAACCACUACUACCACCCCAUCCCUUGAUUUGAAUUCAGGCCUCUCUUUGAAGCAUGUGGAAUAUCCUUUGUGUGUGCAUACUGGGGAAGAACCCCAACUUCACCCAAAUGUCCCCAUCUAUUAUUAUUAUUA